UUAUUAAAAAGUUCCUUCGGUGGGUCACUUGUAAGAGUCACUGGGUCGCCGGCUCUGCCCACUCCUACAUCGCCGGCGACCGGCGCCAGCGGGUAGUGGGGGCGGAGGACCGAAGGCGGCGGUCAAGCCCGGUAGGGGCGCGGCGGAGGAGGAUGGUGGCGCUGGAGCGGGUCGGCGUCGCGCGCGGGGGGAGCUCGUCCAGCGGGUCGCCGCCAGCCCGCUCGACGGCGUCUUCCGACGACAUCGCCCUCGAGGUCACAAGGCCCUCUCCGUCCUCCACCGUUCCUUUGUUGGCAAGCAGGAGCCUCACUCUCUCGCCGUGUUCCCGGUGGACGCACACGCGCACGCAAGCUGCUCGAGCAAAUGGCCAUAAGAAAAAACAGAGGAGCAGAGCAGCACGCAGAAAUCAGUACUCUUGUCGCAUUGAAGAGCCUGAACUUAUCAUGGAACAACUUCAAGGGAAAUAUACCUGAGAAUAUUGGAGCCUUAAUUCAAGUGGAAUCACUCGACCUAUCACACAAUGAGCUGUCCGGCGAAAUCCCUUCAAGCUUGUCGGCUCUCACAUCAUUGAGUCGCCUGAACCUGUCCUACAACAAUCUGGGAGGAAAGAUACCAACUGGAAAUCAACUGCAAACACUUGAAGACCAAGCAUCUAUUUAUGUUGGCAACCCAAGUCUCUGCGGGCCUCCUCUCUCUCGGAGAUGUCCACAUCCCGAGCCAAUUCCAGGAGAAAACGACGGAGAUGCAAGCGAUGACUUGGUUUCGUUUUUCCUCGCCAUGGGCUCUGGAUAUGUGAUGGGUCUCUGGGUGGUCUUCUGUACCUUCUUAUUCAAGAGGAGAUGGAGAGUUUUGUGGUACUUGCUCUGUGACAGCCUGUAUGAUUGGGUUUAUGUGCAUGUGGCUGUUACCUGGAGUUCCUUUAGAGGUAAAAUCAAUGGGUAGAAGCUGAGAUGAGAUGACCAUCACUGGUUCUCGUUUUGCGCUCAUGUAAUUCAAUAAAUGUUUUUGACAUUUAUUAUGAAUGUAUGAAUGUUCAGGUAUUGUACUAGAACUAAUCAGGAUAUGUAUUCAAGGUGCAUACCAUCGACCGAGUGGUAUGCUGUUUUUCGUAUUGUACUAGAACCAGCACUGGUGGUCCUUGGUUUGCUCUAGACAUGUAAUAUGAUAUACUCUGGGGAUUUAUCAUGAAUGUAUCAACCCAUAUUCCUGUAUCAAUCGAUAUUCCAAUGUAUUGUAGUGGAACAAGUCGCUUACAUACUUGCAUGUAUGAAUUCUAGUUCCGUCCAUCGACAGACAAUUGUAUAUA